GAGUUGCUGUUGGAUCUGGAUGGCAAUCAUAUGUUGCAUACAUAAAUUUGGGCUGCUAUUAUUUACUUGGAAUCCCUCUAGGCUUUAUUAUGGGUUGGGGUCUCCACUAUGGUGUCAUGGGAAUAUGGGCUGGAAUGAUAUUUGGUGGAACAGCAGUUCAGACUUUGAUAUUGGCUAUAAUCACAAUUAGAUGUGAUUGGAGUAAAGAGGCAGAGAAGGCCUCAAUUCAUAUAAGAAAAUGGGACGACGUUGGUCACUUGACUUCAUAGAAAUAGUGACCAGUCGUAUGUUGAACGUCAGUAGGAUCUGAUAUUCAUUCCUUACUCAAGUACGAAGGUGGCAGUUUCAACCUAAAUAUUUAUGAUGACGAAAAAACAACAAUAAGAAUAUUUGUCAUUUUUAUCUCGAAAUUUUGUGCAUUGAUUUAAUUUUCAGGCUAAUUAAUCUAGUUGUAAUUUUUCUUUCGGACACAAAAGUGAAGCAACAUAUGUAUAAAAUUUUAAGUGAAGUUGAUUAAUUAUGUGUAUUUUUGUAUCGUUGAAAUGUAAAAUAGAAAUUGAUAGUU